GGUCGAUAUGUUUUUCAUCCCAACCCUUUAUGCAUUAUUUUUAGCACUGACAAGCCUUAACUUCCCCCUCAAAUGACGCUACUCUCUGUGUAUAUAACCCCGCGCGCAAGCAGGAUGAGAGCGUAUGUUCAAAAGGCCUUCGUAGUAGUGCGUGAUUAUUGAGGCAACAGAGACAAGGGUUAAUUGACGAUAUGCCCACUGUAUUACCUUACCAGAGCUUUCAACCCGACGUAAUGCCAGCAUUUCUACUCGCCCACGACGAUGAAAACAUGAGUACGAACUAUGAUAUGUUGGAACUGAUCGGCGAGGGUUCCUUCGCCAAGGUUUUCAGAUGCAUUGAGAGAAAAACAGGUCUAGAAUUCGCCGCUAAGGAACUACGGCUAACGGACGUGGAGGAUAAAGAAAAAAUCGAGCAAGAAAUAGCGGUUUGGAAAGAUUUAAGACAUGAGAAUAUCGUAUCGUUGUAUUCGUCGAUUCGUGAAGGAGAGACUGUUUGCUUGAUUAUGGAGUACGUGGCUGGUGGAAGCCUAUUUGACGAAGUGAUUCAACAAACUUAUUACAGCGAAAAGCAAGCAAGGCUCGUCACAAGACAGCUUCUGAACGCGUUAGAGUACCUUCACUCCCGCCGAAUUGUGCACAGAGAUAUCAAACCGGACAAUCUCCUUUUAAAGCGAAUCGGAAAUAACGUCACCAUCAAGCUUGCCGACUUCGGACUAGCGCAGGCUCUUCCUAACGACACUGACGUCAUCUCCUGCGGAGCAAGUGGCGCGCCUAUGUUCCUGGCCCCGGAAACAGUAUUGGAGGAGCCGAUAGGACGCGCUGUGGACAUCUGGGCUUGUGGCGUGAUCUUCUAUCUUCUUCUUGUGGGAUACCCGCCAUUUUGGAGCAACAGCGACGAACAAUUGCUGCUGUCAAUUCUACGCGGACAGUAUACUAUGCCUUCUCCUUUUUGGGAUAAUGUUUCGAAUGACGCGCGCGAUUUAGUACAUAAAUUGAUUGUUGUCGAUCCCGAGGCACGAAUUAGCGCAAAGGAGGCUUUAUCACACCCGGCUUUGAAGGAAAACGAGUUGACUAUAGAAGAAAACGAGCCGAAAGCAAAGAGACACUUCUAUGCCGCCAUUUGCGGGAUUCGCGCAAUGAUUAAGAUGAGGAAAGCGAACGUGAAGGGGAUUGGGCGACAACUGUCCGAGAGUGGAGUGGACUUGACUCCCAGAAGUCCCCUCAGUCCGAGAAGUCCGCGGAGCCUAAACGCCGAAACAUUCGCGGACGACGGCGAGGAGAGGACAUUUUAGAAAAUCGAGCACUUUUAUGGUAGUUAGUUUAUUUGAAGACUAUUUUAAAUCAUAAAGUAUAACUUUGACAGAGAGCAAGGGUGGGUGCAUGUAGCUUUCUGCACUGUCCAUGCGCUUGUAGUGAUUCGGUUGAAUCAUCAUUAUAGCUUGGGCAUGGAUGAUCAUGUUUUGUUAGGGAUUAAUGUAUUGUAUUUUGUGUAUGUGGGAUUAGUUCAGUGUACAUACGUCUACGCACGCAUCUUUAAUAUAUAUGGCAUAUUUUAAUAAAAUACUGUAUGAAAUUACUAUUUUUUUGCACGGGAAUUGGAAAUAAAUAACUUAUUGAAUAAACUAAUUGAAUAAUUUCGUA